GGAACUACAUCAUCAUCAUUAUAUUCUACACCUGGCCAACUCUUACUUCAUUACGUGAAAAUGGGGCUCGUCGACUAUUCAGACUCAGACUCCGACUCCGAACCCGUCGCCAAGCCCGCGCCCCCCUCGCAAUCGGUAACCGCUCCAGGAGCGAGCGGCAAGAAACCAUUCCAGAAAGUAGUCGACCGAGCGAAACCAGGCAAGAUCCUCGUCAACCUUCCGCAGAGCUCAUCUAGUCGCGACAAGAGCAAACUUGCCGAUGGAGAUAACGAACCACCCCCGAAACGCACAAGGGUUACAGGCAGAGGAGGCGCGUUCAGCAGCUUCAACUCAUUCCUCCCGCCUCCAAAGAACGUCGGGAAGCCUGCGGCGUCGAGUAGUAGCGGGAAGCCCGCGCCAAGGCCUGGUAUCAACCUGAAGACGGGUGCUACCCCUGGUUUCAGUAGGGAGAUGGACGGGAAUGAAGAGGGGGGGUCAGACGAGACAUCAAAAAGGGGUGAAGACGCAAAUUCUUCGGCAAAGCAGCCAUCUAUACCCGCGGAACAGAAGCCAGCAGACGAGGUCAAACUAGUCGGCAAACCAUUAAUGUUCAAGCCGUUAUCAGUAUCGCGAAAACCAGGCAAGAAGAGCGCGACCAAAGCAUCAAAGACCGCUAUUACAACAUGUACACCGCCAGCUCCUCAGCCAAGCGCGGAAUCACAGUCACAGUCACAGUCACAGGCACAGGCACAGGAGAAAGACAAGGUGGAACGACCUCCGAAAAGGCAGAAAAUAUCACUAUUCUCAAUAUCCGACGAUCCAGAGACGGAAGCAGUAGAGACCACCACAUCCAGCACCGGCAUCUACGAGCCCAUGUUCAGCACCCCCACUUCCGCAGCCGACGACUUCGCCGCAUACGACGCGCAAUUCGCAGCAUCCCACAGCGCAUUACCACCCCAAGCCACGCCCUCCAGCGCCGACACCCUCGACUCCAUAGCCGCAGACAUGAACCUGUCCGCCGCGGCGCGACGCGAGCUGUUCGGGCGCGGCGGCGACCCGUCGUCCUCGUCGGGAAGCCGCGUGGUGCGCUUCGACACGGACCGCGAGUACGCGCACAACGAAGCGCUGCGCGCCGCGGGCCAGCUGCAGCCCACGUACAACCCCGUGCGCUCCAUCGCCCCCGGGAAGCACAGCCUGCGGCAGCUCGUCACGCAGGUCCAGAGCCAGCGCGACGCGUUGGAGGAGAGCUUUGCGAAGGGGCAUGGGAAUCGGAAGGAGGCUAGCGCCAAGUACGGCUGGUGAUGGGGGUAGGGGUGGGGGUGGUGGUGAUGGUGGUGAUAUAUCUCUUGACGUAAAGAAAGGGGGGAAAUUAUUUAUAUUGGUUUAUGCGUAUGGACGUAUGUACGUGCAUACAUCCAGACGGGCGAGAUGGAGAGUCAAGCAAUGGAGAAUGAAAGCGGCUUUGUUUGGACUAAUGGCAGAGUACUAUGGCAUGGCAUUGGCGUAAAUCGUAAAUCGUAAAUCGUUGUCCUCCGAGGCAUUCAUCAAAUCAAAAAGUUCAUAACUAACCAGAAAGAGAGAUAU